UGUUCUACUCCACGUUUCUCGGGAACCGCUGCCCCCCAUCAUGACAGAAUUUGCGUCUUUAAGGCUGCUGGAGCAGAGAGUCCUCCGCCCUCCUGCAGCCCAGAUGAAGUGUCUCAUGGUUACGUCACCAUCGGGCCUGGUGUGAGGACUCAUUAUGUUGAAAUGGGCUCAGGUCCACCAGUUCUGCUGUGUCACGGCUUCCCUGAGAGCUGGUACUCCUGGAGGUACCAGAUCCCGGCCGUGGCAGCAGCAGGGUUCAGGGUGUUGGCUCUGGACAUGAAGGGGUACGGAGAGUCCACAGCGCCCCCAGACACAGAGGAAUAUUCUCAGGAGCAGCUCUGCCAGGAUUUAAUCACAUUUCUGGACAAAAUGGCGAUACCUCAGGUCACCCUGGUGGGUCACGACUGGGGCGGCGUUCUGGUGUGGACCAUGGCUCAGUAUCAUCCUGAGAGAGUCAGCGCUGCGGCGUCUCUGAACACUCCUCUGUUCCCCGCCGAUCCUUCUGUAACUCCUGCAGAGAGACUGAAGGCUGAACCCAGAUUUGACUACCAGCUCUACUUCCAGAAACCUGGCGCGGCGGAGGCCGAGCUGGAGAAAGACUUGGAGAGGACCUUUAAGAUUUUCUUUUUCAGCAGCGGUGAAGCG